GCGUGGUGUGUAUAUCACGGUGUUUGAAAUUUGUUAUAUUAACAAUAGCAAAGCUUAGGUGAAAAAAAAUGGAUGAGCUUAAACAAACAUUGGACCAGGAAUCGUUUGGAAUACUUGUCGAUAAUAAAUUCACGGAUGUAUCGUUGAAGUUUCUUGAUGCAGAAAAACUAAGUGCAAUGGGCAUCGUUGCCAUCGGGCCGCGACUAAUUGUUUUGAAAGUUGUAGAUAAAUUGAAUAAAUGGAACGAUCCUAUGAGCGAAGAUAUGCAAUCGUCGGCAUGUAAAUCAAUACCUGAAAAAAAGGAGGUACGUGAAAUACUGGAGUGUAACAAAAAAUUUCGAUCUAUUCUUUAUGAGAAGCUAGACGCACAAAUAAUUCCUACCGAUACAGAAAUAAAACUAAUGAUUCGUAUUUUAUGUGCCACUAUGGUAGAAAGAUUGAUGCAUGAUUCAAUAUACCCAACGACCGAGGAGAAAAAGAUGCUAGCAAUAAAAAUAUUGCUCCAGUUCCCAUUUUUAUGUGCAACAAGAAGAAGUACAGGAGCACCAGAAUACUCCCUAUUUUUCUGGAAAAACGGUGGUCAAGGACCAAAACAUGAACACACCGGAUUAAUUCAUACUCAAUUGAGAAAUUCUUGCAAGAAUUUGUUACCUGAACAAAGGAAAUUCACCCAUUCUAAGACAGUCGUAAAACACGUCGGAGUUUGUACGGAAAUUAUUGAACUAGCUGAAAUGUGCGCAAAGUUUGGAGCUACUUCAGCAAACUAUUCUACUAUUUCGAAAAUGAUGAGUGAUGUUCAUGAUUUGCAUAUGAUGCUACUCAACGAGAAAAACGAUAUGGCUAAGAUACUACUCGUUUUACCACAUUUGACUUCUUACAAUGGGAGAAUGAUUCAUAUGGCAUAUGAGCGCAUCCAUGGUACCAGCUUCAAUCAGAAAGUUGACUUGAGAAAAGUAUUCGCCAAAGGUCUCAUGCACAAUCAGCAUGCUUUUAAAGAAGUUUCGGAUGAUUACAUAAGAGGAUGUCUUCGUAUAAUGAUUAAAUUAACUCGCAAGGGCAUAAAGCAGAAGGAAACAAUGGAGCCGAAUAUUGGUAUAGAAACUGAACUAGCAGCUCCAUUAAUUAGAUGGAUUUCUGACUCUCAAUCGAUCCAGGAUUAUAACGCUCCUGUAUCGCAUAUUUUUUGUCAAAGCGAAAAUUUUUUUGUAUAUCUAUCUCCUUGUGUCAUUAUUCCCUGUGGAAAGGAAUCAAUUAACGCUAUCGAUACAUUCUUUAGAUCGUUCGCAGUGUUUAAUUUGCGAAUUCCGGUAAAUUUAUUAAAAAUUGCAGAUUUCCUGGACGUGUUUGCCUACAAAAUUAAAUCAUACAGUAAUCGUUCGACCGUUCAGAACUUGUGUUCUUUAUUCAUUGAAAGCGAAAAUGCAGAAAAAUUAUUGUAAC